AUGGAAAAAGGGUAAAACGGAAGCAGAUUCAAGGCCCUUGGUUGGAAGGGGAAUUAUUAUAAGUAAGUAGUAUAGUUACGGGAUCAAGGAUGGGAUGGGAGGACUAAGAAGAGGACCAAGGUCUGUAAUGUUACUUUCGUAUGGUAAUAAAACAAGAAAGAUUGCCUGCGGCAGCGCGUGUGGGUUUCCCGGAUGUGGUUGGGUUGGCCUUGCACGGCUUAGGUACAGCGGGGAAGGAGAGAAGAUAGGGCGGAUCGACGAUCUAGUGCGUGGCGCGGCGUGUUUGACGCUUGACCUGUUUUGCACGCCUUUGUGUGCUUGCAUGGGUUUGGGUGGAUGGGCAUGGUUUGGUUUAGUUGGGGGGCGGCUGAGCUGGGCGUGCGGUCUAGUGGACUGUAGUUCGUAAUGGUACCAUUAACUAUAAUUGGUGUUGGCGGGAACGGCAAACGGGCG